GGUGUUUGAAAAAACGAAUAUCCGCGCAAAAAAAUAUCGCCGUACAUACAUGUUCGGAUAGAGAAAAUGAUCGUCUACAUGAACCCGGUGAUGUUCACCACAGAGCGUUGUAAAGAAUAUGCCCAACCCAUAGGAGGCAGUGUAGUGCAAAGGUGAAACGUAUAUCAGCAAAUCACAACCCUUCAAAGCAACCACAACUUCCUGUUAGUAUUGAAUCAUGGCGCCUGGAGGUUCGUUUGUGUGGACAGACCGCGAGGUUGAACUACUAUUAAAUACCGUGUUGGAGUACAAAGUUAAUAAAACUCAGGAAAAUGUCGACUGGGAAUCCUGUCAGAACAAGUAUGUUGAUAUUUUAGCGCUUUUUUUAGAGCAUUACCCAACGGAGUCCUCCGACGAGUUUCCCCAUUCACAUGCCGACAUCACGCGCGGGAAUUUAACAACAAAAAUGAAAGCAGUCCGAGGUAAAUAUCGCCAUGCUGUUGAUACAGGACGCAGGAGUGGACACGGUCGAGUGGUUCUUCUGUACUUUGAACUGUGCGAACAAAUCUGGGGUGGCUCUCCAGCUAGUACUACCAUAUCCUCCGGUAUUGAAACAGCUGACCUGGAUCAUUCUCGGACCCUACCCUCACCAUCCACAUCUUCUUCCUCCACUACCAUGGAUGUAGCAGACACAGGGUCUGAUAAUGAAAGCAGUGUGGGUCCUACUUCAAAGGAGAGGAGAGACCUGCUUGAUGCAAAACUAAAAGGACACAGACACGACCGUCUGAGGAGAAAGCUGCCUGCUGAGACCCAGUGGCUGAAUGCUCUUGAGGAAGACCAGCGUGUGAAAAAGAGACUGGUGGAAAUCAUUGAGACAUCAGAACAAAAAGCAUCCGAAAACUAUUCAAAAAUGUCCAAUACACUGGAAAGACUUACCACAUCGAUUGUUGAUGGGUUUUCUCUUCUGAAACAGGUCAUUCAUGCACCUGCACAACCACCACACUACAUGCCAUAUGAGCCAAGAGGUCCGAUGUAUUCGCACACAAUGGCCCACCAUUCUGUCCACCAAAACUCAGCAAAUUACCCAUACCCAAACAACUCCACUUCUGACAGAACACGUCAAAACACAAGACCAGGAAACACUAUGAACACUGAAGCUGUGUUCCACACACCUGCUGAAGCCACUGACCAAUUUUCAUUCAGUCAGGCCCUUUUUAGUGACCAGUAGAGUACUGUUUUAUACAUCGAAACAAGUCUGGUACAGUUAAGUAUAUACAAGUUCCACUUUUGCACAAGGUUGCACACAUGUCAGGUUGUUAAUCACAGUGUUAUUUACUCUGACAGUGUUUUUUUUCUGUUUGCUAUCUUUUUAUACAUACUGUGAAAAGCUUAAAAUGUAGCAAUUGCACAAUACUUUAACUAUUUACAUUUUUGUUACGUGAAUCUUUAUAAGAGUGGUGAUCUAGUCCAGUCCUUGGGAGC